UGUAGAUGGAACCGCCGUCAUCACCGAAGAUUUCCGCGGCAAGUCCGCCCGCCAGGUUCAGUUCAACCCCGGUCAGGAGAUGGGCUUCUGGCGUGUGCGCAUCAUCGACGACGACGUUUACGAGCAGGCUGAGGUAUUUGAGGUGAUCCUCUACGACGCAGUCAUGGGAGCUCUGGAAUAUCCCGAGCGAGCCCUUGUUAAGAUUCUGGAUGGAGAAGAUGAGUCCACAGUGUUCAUCGAUACCGUUACUCCAUACGUCAUCAAUGAAGACAUUGGAGAGGUUCUCAUUCCAAUCCGAAGAACUGGUGACCUGUCCGAGGAAAUGAUGGUCCUCUGCUCAACCAUGCCAGGCACAGCCACCGGCGCCGAUCCAUCUCCCGUCCACUCCUUCAACGAUUACAUCUCCCGUCUCGAGGAGGACCAAGAUAACUUUGUGCGAUUCGACAAGGACGAGGACCUCGCCUACUGCCGUAUUCUCAUCAUCGACGACUCUCUCUACGAAGACGCAGAGGACUUCCAAGUCAAGCUGACCAUGCCCAUGGGCGGACGCGUUGGUAAUCCAGGGGUUAUUGAUGUGGUCAUUGCUGCUGAUGCUUCUGACGAGCCAUCCUUCUACUUCGGCGAGCCCGAAUACCACAUUGACGAGAGCGACGGCUACCUUGAGAUCCAAGUAUGGCGCACCGGCACCGAUCUCUCCAAGAUGGCUAGUGUGACUGUACGAUCCCGAGCUUCAACUCCCCCAUCUGCAAUUGCUGGAAUCGACUACGCCGGUAUCAGCCGCAACCUUGACUUUGCCCCCGGAGUGACGAUGCAGAAUGUGCGCGUGUACAUCAUGGACGAUUUAGGCCAGCCCAUCCUUGAGGGAGCAGAGACCUUUGAACUGGUACUCCGCAUGCCAAUGAACGCUGUACUCGGUGCCCCAUCACUCUCAGUGGUUACCAUCAACGACACCAUCUCUGACUUGCCCAAGGUACAGUUCCGUGACCUGACAUACGAAGUGAACGAGAACGACGGCACCAUUACCACAACCAUCAUGCGUAGCGGAGAUCUCUCCAUCACCAGCACCGUCCGUUGCUACACCAGACAGGGAUCCGCUCAGGUCAUGAUGGACUUUGACGAGAGACCCAACAUCGAGGCAUCCAUCAUUACCUUCUUGCCAGGUGAGAGGCAGAAAGAUUGCACCGUUCUCCUGAUGGACGACAAUGAGUUUGAAACUGAUGAACAAUUCCGUCUCGUCCUCGGCAACGCUCGCACUGACUCUGGACUCUUGGCUAUGAUUGGAGAGCUGAACGAAACCACCAUUACCGUCCACGAUGUCGGAGACAAAUCCGUCAUUAAGUUCCCCGAGACAAGAUUCAGCGUAAACGAGCCACUGUCUGAAGAUGACGUGAGCACCGUUACCAUCCCGGUCAUCCGUAUGGGAGAUCUCUCUCAGACCUCUGUUGUCCGCGUCUUCACCAAGGACGGAUCUGCCAAGAGUGGCGUCGACUACAACCCUCUCUCCCAACGUCUCGAGUUCGGAUUCAAUGUCAGCAGGCUGUUUGUUGAGAUCGAUGUCCUUGCCGAUGGCGACAGAAACGAGAUGAGAGAAGCUUUCACCGUCCACCUGACCAUGGAUGAGAUGAUGGUCUCCGAGAUUCAGAUGAACAAGGCCAUUGUGUACAUUGAGCAAGAGGGUCAGCUCUCUGGUGUUACCUUCCCAUCCACCCCCGUCGUCGUGUCCCUCUUGGACUACGAUAACGUUGAGGUUGCUCGCGAGUUGCCACCACGUGGUUACCCAGUCGUCUGCGUCACACCUUGCAACCCCAAACACCCCGACUACGCCACAACUGGCUCCAUCUGUACCAACGAGGGCGUCAACGAUACCCUUACCGAGUUCCGUUGGUUGGUGUCCGCACCAACGACUGCCGGUGGCGUCACCUACCCACUCAAGGAUGUAGAGAGCAAUACCUUCUUCACUUCCACCGACAUGAUCACCCUGGACAGCAUCUACUUCGGUCCCGCUUCCCGUGUACAGUGCGCCGCCCGUGCCGUCAGCAACCUAGGAGAUCCAGGCCGUGAGCACUACAGCUUGCCGACCACAAUCAGCAGCGAUGAGGGCAUCUGCCUGCCUCGUCUGGCCAACGCCAUCGGAGCCGAGCCCUACGCCGCCAAACUGCGAUACACUGGACCAGGAGAUGCAGAGCACCCCAACAAGCUAAAGCUGACUGUCACCAUGCCCCAUGUCGAUGGUAUGCUCCCAGUCAUCUCAACCCGCGAACUCUCCAACUUUGAGCUUGCCCUGAGCAAGGACGGAUACCGUGUGGGAACCCACCGAUGCUCCAACCUCCUGGACUUCAACGAGAUCCCCACCGAGUACGGCUUCAUCACCAGCGAGACCAAGAACGCCAACGUGAUCGGUGAGUCCCAGCCGUACCAGUUCAGUGAAGAGAUGCGUGGUGCAAGCUCACUCCGCUUCUACCGUAACUUGGACCUCGAGGCUUGCCUGUGGGAGUUCAAUACUUACUACGAUAUGUCCGAGCUUCUGGAUCAGUGCGGUGGACAGGUCGGAACCGACGGACAGGUCCUAGACUUGAUCCAGUCCUAUGUGACCCUGCGUGUGCCUCUCUAUGUCUCCAACGUCUACCACUCUCCCGCUAGCGUCGGUGGAUGGCAACAUUUUGACCAGACCUCUAACCUUCAACUUACCUUCGUCUACGAUACCUCCAUCCUCUGGCAAAACGGUGUGGGCGCUCAGGCCGACUCAGACACAUCUGUACAAGGCUCCCUGUUCCCAACCAGCAUGAGGAUUAACGAGAAUGGUAGACUGGUCGUCAACUUCCGUACCGAUGCUCUCUUCAGAGGACUGUUUGUGCUGGACCACCCAUCUAUCGGAACCACCUCCUCCGUCAUCUCCAAUGACCGUCCAGAUCUUACUUUCAGCCUCAACCUGGUGCGAUCAGAGCCGACCUUCGCUCAACCUGAACAGCUCUGGCAGUUUGUCUCCGAUGUUGCUGUAUCCGACUACAGUGGCAUGUACACCAUCCGUUUGAUCCCCUGUACCACCAGCCCAACCCAGGAGUACAGCCUCCCCGUUGUCUGCAACCCACGCGACAUCAUCAACUUUGACCUCCCUCUGCGCUUCCAGCAGGUCAGCGACCCCGUGCCGGCCGAGUUCAGUCUGAACACGCAGUUCAUGCUGCUGGGCAAAGAGAUGCUCUGGCUGUCUGAUGGAUCCAUGGGCUUCGGAGAAGGAACCGACACUGCUUUCUCUCCAGGUGACACCGUUUACGGUCGCAUCCAUGUUGACCCUGUGCAGAACCUCGGCAGUGGAUUCAACCUCAACGUUGAGAAGGUGUUCCUGUGCACUGGACGUGAUGGAUACAUCCCCAAGUACAACCCCAAUGAGAAUGAGUAUGGCUGUGUGGCUGACUCACCCAACCUUCUCUACGCCUUCAAGGUUUUGGAUCGUGGAGCACCAGAUACGAUCACACCACGAUUUAACGGAGUACCCUUCAAUGCUGCCCUCGCUAUUGAUGAUCCCAACGCAUUGGAUCUGGUCAGACAGUCCGGUGCCGAUGGUUUCAGACUCAGCAGUGACCCACUCUUCCAGGUGGCAGCCGGCCGUCAGUGGUACGUCCACUCUAUUUUCACCGUCAAGUCCGAGGAUAAUAACAACAUUGGAAAGCGCAGCGUGGAACAACACAGCGUAGCCAUGGCUGGUGGCAGACAGCGUCGCCAGGCCAUCGGAUCCACCCCCGAUGACGAAUCCGCCCUGGAAGACAUUGGCGACGGCAAGGGAACAAACAUCAAGUGGCUGGCUCUCAACACAAACCCCGCCUCUAGUAACGACGUAGCUGACAUCAACGUCGGCAACAAUGUCGAUGUCGGUAAGAACACCAAGGGUGGUGGCGACAUGGUGAUCCCUGUUGCAGCCAUUGCUGCUGUGCUUGCCGUGCUUCUAGUCGCAGUAGUCGUAGUGGUUAUUAUCCGCCGUAAACGCUCUGCUCCGAGCACUGUCACCGUAGUGGCUAAUGGCGGCUCUAAGGUUGUAUCAAGUGGAUACGAUGACAACACGGAAGUGUGAUGGGCCUCGUUUGUAUUUUUCAAAAAAUACGUCGAUAAGCAGCGUCAUGCUACUGUCGCACAUUAAUAUUUUUUAUUUCUGUCUGUCAAGUUUUUACGUAAGGCUGUCGUGGUUCACUCGCUGUUAAAUAAUUUAUAUAUGUGUAAGAAGUUUUUACGUUUGUGAGCCGAUUUUUUUGCGUAUUUUGUGUUUUUAAUGGGUUUUCAGAAAGAAAACACCCUCAAUAGUUCUUGAGGUCAACAUUCACUUGGUGCUCUGCAGAAUUUUUGUUUUGUUUUUAAAAGAAUUUCAGCUAAAAUAACGUUUUUUUUUCCCCCUGAAAACUUUGUUUGUGUGGUUUAGAAUUAUCAGCUGUAGGUAUAUUGUGACAUAUAUAAUGCACACGCGCAGUGUUUGUACUGUUUACUUUGCUCUAUUUUUGUAUUUUGCUGGAUUGCUCAGUGUUUUUUAAUAGGUAGCUUUAAUUAAUGUUUUUAGAUGAAAUUUCAUUUGACAUUAGUUUUUUUUAUACCUAUGCCACAAAUCAAAUGUCUUCCGCUGCCAUUUUAAAUACAAAACUGUAAUAGUAUUUGUUUUUGUCGAUGGUUUGUUUUUAGUUUUGUUGUUGUUGUAACCUUUCAAACACUUUUGUGUUAUCAUUUUCUUUCUUUUUCACUUGAGCGGGAGCCAAACAGUGCACUAUACAGCCUGCAUGUAAUGCUGACCUGCCGACUCGGAAAAGUCACCCCUCUAAACCUUAUUUAUAAGCAUUCUUUAAGUGUGUGCAUUUAACAAGACAAUUUUCUCACUGCGGAUGACAUGAUAUGCGGCUGCAUAGUGUAUUGUUACCCGUAAAUGUAUAUUUUAAUACCCCUUAUAUGAGAAAGCUGCAGCAAUCACUAAUUGUCACCAAGGAUCGUGGUCGACUUCCGCCAAGGAACGUUACCACGUCCUCGUUGAUAGGCUUGGAUUUGCUCUCACUUACGUAAUGUUCUCUUUGUACAUAAAAUGAGUAGUGGUAAAGCGAUGCACUUUUUAACUGAUAGGCUGCACGUAUUUAACGACCAUUUUUAGUAGUGGAUUCACAAAGUGUUCAAACCAAUUCCACCAGAGGGUCUAAAGGAUUCCCGUCUGACAAAUCACAAGCGUAGUCUCUUAUUUUUUAUUAGCUAGUGUGCAUUUAUCGUAUAAAUUAAUCAUUAAACAAACAAAAAGUUUUUAUUUGUAAGUUUUAUGAGUGCCUUUGGGAGGAUAAAAAACAGACGUUUUGGAUUUUGUACACAGCCAGCUAUGAGAUGAGUUUGUGUUUUGUAUUAAGAUCAUUGAUGCCAUUUUGUACAUGUUCCAAGCGGAUGAAAUCCUGAACCACGCACAGCUUUGUUUGAGAAGCUGUGUUUGGUUUUUAUACAUAUGCUAUACUAAAAUGACUUGAUUUGUUGCCGUAUAAAUGCACGCAAAAUGCCUGGCAUUGGGGUGUAGUUAUUAUAUGGGGGAGGGAGGCUCUGGGAUGUUUUAGGCACUUUCAAGAAAGGCUUUCACUCCUAUGAUGUAAUCUUAUCUAUGUGAAUUCUUAAAUUGUGUCUUACUGAUGAGAAUGACAGUUGAAACGGUUCCAAUCCCAUCCCUACCUUCGUUUGUACCCAACAGAUACCAACAAAUAAUUCUCUGCGGAUUUUAAAGAUCUUAGCAGUUUGGACCAAAAUGUACUGACCACACAAAGAGUGCAAAAUUUGAGUGCCUUGUCGAAUCACUGCAAAUUCCAACAAACUAUUCAACUUUGUAUUGGUGGUGGAAUGCUUGAAACUAUAUUACUAAGCUAUUAUUAUAGUUAAGUGUAUUUUUUGUUUUGUUAUUGUUUAAAAUUAAACAUAGUGUACCUAACAUUAUCUUUAUAUUGAAAAAAAAAACACCUACUAAUAAUAAUAAUAAUUAUGAGAAUAAAGCUGUCCUCGGUUUUGAUUGUACACAUUAAUUAGUUUUAAACGACUGUAUACAAAUUUAGGUGGCUAUGUAGAUGGGAUUAUAUAUAAGGACCUCCCAAACAUGCUUUAUAGUUUUUUAUUUAACAGCUGCAUUUGGUCAGCGUUUGGUCACUGAAGCACAACAACAACGACGCAUCCCUUGGGCUUUGUCCAAGAGACGUCUUGAGAAAAGAAGGUGCUCAACUGACUGACCGGCCUGAAAUGGGUAGAUCUGUUGAAACCCAAAUCUCUGACCAUGUGCAACUCACUUUAUUAUCUUUUGAUGGUGCUUUAAGACAUUAGUAAAGACAUUUGAAAAAUAAAGCUACGGUCAAAACGCAAAAUCCCACCCUGUAAAAAACUAAGAAUAAAUCACCCUUGCCUUAUGACAUGCUCGUAGGAUUGAGUAAUAUAAAGAAGAAGAAAAAAAGAAAAAAUUCAGUGCGUUUAAAGCUUCCACUUCCAAAUUAGUGAGAAACCAGUUGUAAUGAUUUCCGUAUUGGAUAAUGAUUCACUUUUUGCAAUAUAUGUCAUCAAUAUUUAAGAACCAAUUUAUAUAUGCAAUGAUGUGUUAAUUUAUAUCAAGAACCAGCUUUAUUUUAAUUAAGAUGAGCUUUUGUAAUAUUAACAAUUGGUUUUUGUUUUUGAGGGGAUUGUUUUUUUUUACUUUUUUUUGUUUUACAUUUGGGUCUGAAGUCAAAAACCGGCAACAAAGUUAUUAUUUUUGUUAUCAUUUUUAAUAUAUAUAGUGUUCUAAAAACUUGCUGUAUUUAAUAAUUUUGUAGGUAACAGCUUUUUAUUUUUUUCCUCCUCACUAUUGUAUUUUACAAAUCUUCUGGUGACUGGUUGCUAUGACAACGUGUACUGUGCAAAGAGUAAGAGGGUUAUACUGCGCAGGAAGUAGCUUCAAUAAAGGGCAUUGGCUUGGCGGGAAAAACACAA